AUGGGGAACUUCCAAAUCCUCCAAACUGUUCUCAUGAUGUUCCCUGCCAUCCUGAUCGCCUGUCACAGCUUCCUGCAGAACUUCACUGCCACGACCCCAGAGCAUCACUGCCGGCCAACCAACUGGACCAAUGGGUCUCAUGUCCCAGAAGGUGUCGGGGACGGGGACUUGCUGCAAGUCUUCAUCCCACUGGACAAGGACCAGAAGCCUGAGCGGUGCCUGAGGUUCUCUGAGCCCCACUGGCAGAUCUUAAACCUCAAUGGCACCUCCUCUUUGAGCUUGGACACCGAGGCCUGCCUGGAUGGGUGGGUGUAUGACCAGACUGUUGGCUCCUCAAUUGUUUCUGAGUGGGACCUGGUGUGCGAGCACAAGUCACUGAAGUCCAUUGCUCAGUCCAUAUACAUGACGGGACAGCUGGUUGGAGCUACUGCUUUUGGCAUCUUCUCUGACAGUAUACCAGCAAACCCUGUUGGCUCUGUCAUCAACAUAGACCAGGACCCACCCCCUCCUCUCGCCGUCCCCUUGGCUACCACUCGUUCAUCUUGCACCUGGCUGGCUGAAACAGCCUUCGAAGGAGCCUCCCUGCUUCUUCCUAUCCUUGACCUUGCCUUCUGUUACUCUCAAAUCGACGGGAAGAGCCAUCUUGUUGAUACAGAACAGAUCCUGGCCCUCCUCUGCUCAACCUUUCCCGGUUGCAGGUGUGGGCGCAAGACGGCGCUGCAGAGCGGGACCCUGCUGAUGAUCAUCAUGGGCACCAGCGCCGCUUUUGCGCCCAGCUUCCCCGCCUACUGCGUGCUCCGCUUCCUCAGUGGGGUGGCAAUGACCGGCAUCAUUAUCACCAGCCUCUGCCUCGCCAUGGAGUGGACCCCGACGCAGAAGCGGACGCUGGUCAAUAUCUACACCAUGUAUAUGAUCACGCUGGGCCAGGUGGUCCUCACGGGCCUGGCCUACCUCAUCCAGCAGUGGCGCUGGCUACAGGGCACCGUUUCUGUCGCCUACGUGAUUAUUCUUCUCUACUCUUGGGGACUGCCAGAAUCGGCUUGCUGGCUCAUCACUCACAACAAACCUGACAAGGCUGUGAAAAAUCUGCAGACUGUGGCAAGAUUAAAUGGCAGAAAGGAGCAGGGAAGGAAACUCACUCCAGAGGUUGUAAGGAUCCACGUGCAGGAGGACACAGCUGCUGUGAAGGAGUCCCCAUUCUUCCUAGAUCUCUUCCGCACUCCGGGACUCUGCAGGAUCACUUGCUGUAUCGCCCUGGGAUGGUUUUCCACGGGCUUUUCCUUCUAUGGGCUGGGUUUAGAUGUGCAGAGAUUUGGGUUCAACAUCUACUGGACACAAGUGCUGUUUACAGUGGUGGAUAUCCCCACGAAGCUGAUGACAGGCCUGAGUAUGGCCUACUUUGGCCGCCGAAUCACCACCGUCUCCCUGCUGCUGGUGGCCGGUUGCACAAUCCUUGUCACUGCAUUUCUUCCUCAAGACAUGAAUACCUUUCAGAUGGUCCUCUGUUUACUUGGAAAAGGGAGCCUGGCUGGCUGUUUUAGUUGUCUCUACCUAUACACCAUGGAGCUCUUCCCAACAGAAGUCAGGCAGAUAGGGAUGAGUGCCGGAAUCUUCAGCACACGCCUGGGCUCCCUCUUGUCCCCCAUGGUCUAUAUCCUAGGCAACCAUAGCCCACUGCUACAGCCUGUGAUAUUUGGCCUGGUCCCUAUCGUGGCGGCUGUAGCAGGCUCCUUCCUGAUGGAGACGAAUAACCAGCCAUUGCUGAACACCAUCCAGGAGACAGAGAAGAGAAUAAAGAUGGCUCAAGACAAGCAAAGAAACAUCAGUGAAAAUAUCACCAAGAAUGGAUUGGCCGCACUUCUUCCAGAAAAGACGAAAGUAGAAUGCACAGUGUGA